AAAUAAACAAAGUGACACACAUGACCGAAGCUCACUGAUAAGAAACAGGGCAAAGUUUAAAAGCUCGAGAAGGAAAGAUGAUAUCAAGUGUUUUAUCAUUGUUUAGCAGUCUACUGCAAUAUCUUUCAAAUAAUCCGUCUAUUUUAGGAUUAAUAGUCCUUCUUGCAGUGUUUAUUUUCGCCUUGUCAGUUUUCUUCUCUGGACCCAAACCUGCUAAAAAUCCCUUUUCUACAAAACAUGUACGUCCAGUGGAACCAUUGGUCAGUGAUCAGAAAGAGCGAGAUCGAAUUCUUAAACAAAGGUUCAAGGUCAGCAAAAUCCCUCCAAACUUGGACACGAUCAUCAUUGGGAGUGGUAUGGGAGGUAUGAGUGUGGGGGUACUGCUCGCCCGUGCAGGGAAGAAAGUUCUGGUCCUGGAGCAGCAUGAUCAGGCUGGAGGCUGCUGUCAUACCUUCCACGAUAAAGGAUUUGAAUUUGAUACAGGCGUCCACUACAUUGGUAAGAUGGAGCCACAUGAUGAUGACCGAGUGUUGAUGGACCAGGUGACCGGUGGUAGAGUGGAGUACCCCAGAAUGGACGAAGCUUAUGAUGUGGUUGCUAUUGGGGAUCCUCAUCAUGAAAAAGUCAGGAAAUAUCCUUUUAUGACAGGGGAGCAGAAAACCAAGGAAAACCUCAUCAAAUGUUUCCCAAAAGAAAAAGAUGCUAUUGAAAAAUUUUAUAGGCUUCUCAGGGAGUCUAAAAACUUCUUUGAAGGAUACUUUGUCCUGAAGUUGGUUCCUAAAUGGGUGGCCAGGCUGUUAGUCUCCACUGGAUUAAUGAACCUGAUGUUUAAGUCCUACGUUCGAUUCGGGAAAAUCACCCUGAAACAGGUCCUUGAUGAUAUCACUGAUGACGAGGAACUUAAAGCGACAUUGUCAUACAUCUUUGGAGAUUAUGGUGUUGUACCUUCAAAGGCAUCAUUUGGACUCCAUUCCACUGUGAUGCGACACUAUUUCAAGGGAGGGCACUAUAUAAGAGGGGGCCCAAGUGAGAUCCCAUUUCAGAUGGUACAGAUCAUUGAAGAGCUGGGGGGCAAGGUACUGGUCAAUGCCCCUGUAUCGGAAAUCAUCGUAAAUUCAGGCAGAGCAGUUGGUGUAAAGGUCAAGAAAGGUGAAGAUGCUGUAGAAAUAUAUGCACCACAAAUCGUAACAGAUGCAGGAGUGUCCAAUACAUUUUUACGUCUGCUACCUAAAGAAGUGGCCACAAAAUCUUGCAUAUACCCCAUGAUUAACAAAGUUGGAGAUAGUUUGUCUUACAUCUCAGUGUUUAUUGGUCUACGUGGGAACAAGGAAGAACUGGGGAUACAGGCACACAACUGCUGGAGCUUUAACAACCACAAUUUAGAGCAGACAUUUGAGGAUUACCUGUCAUUACCGCUAGACAAACUGAAGGAGGCUGAUGUCCCACUGAUGUUUGUUUCCUUUCCUUCAGCCAAAGACCCAACCUGGCAUGAUAGAAAUCCAGAUAAGUCCACCUGUCUGUUGAUUACGUUGUCGAGGUAUUCCUGGUUUAAGAAGUGGGAGGAGGGUCGAGUCAAACACAGGGGGGAGGAUUACGAGGACCUCAAAACUGUCAUCGGAAAAAAGAUGCUGGCCACCUGCACCAAGUUAUACCCCAAUAUUGAGGGGAAGGUGGAGUACUUUGACGUAGGGACGCCUCUGAGUAACAAAUACUACCUGGGAUUCCAAGAUGGAGAAAUGUACGGGCUGGAUCACAACAUGCGUAGGUUUCUACCCGAGGCCUCCAUACAACUGAGGGCCAAGACAGAUAUCCCUGGUCUAUACUUGACAGGUCAGGACAUCAUGUCAGCAGGUUUGACAGGGGCCCUCUUUGGGGGAUUGCUGUGUGCCUCAGAACUUCUACAUCGUAACCUGUAUUUUGAUCUCGAGGCCCUCAAAAAAGAACUGAAGAAGUCUGCUUAAACACCUAAUGAUUGUGAUGAAAAAA